UCGAUUUCGAGCCUACUUUCAAGGAGUUCAGCAUUAACCUAUAUCCCGCUCAAGACCACCUUAACAAAGCGUUCAAAGAUCUUAUAUCCUUUCUAAACUGGACCAGAGUGGCAAUUAUCUACGAAGAGGAUCACGGUCUGUUCAAACUACAGGAUCUCGUGAAAUCCCCGCCAUCCGUGAGAACUGAAAUGUACAUUCGUCAGGCAGGUCCUAGAUCCUACAGGCAGGUCCUGCGGGAGAUCAGACACAAAGAGAUUUUCAAGCUGAUUGUUGACACGGAUCCGGCGCACAUGCAGCAAUUCUUUCGAGCGAUAUUGCAGUUACAAAUGAAUGACUACAGAUAUCAUUACAUGUUUACUACCUUCGAUAUAGAAACGUUUGAUCUGGAAGAUUUCAAAUAUAACAGCGUGAACAUGACAGCUUUUCGCUUGGUGGAUCUUGAAGAGCCCAAGGUUGCUGAAGUACUCAGACAGAUGGAACGCUUCCAACCAACGAUUGGACAUGCCAUUUUGAAUAAAACGGGAGUCAUUCAGGCAGAACCAGCCUUAGUGUACGAUAGCGUGCAAGUUUUCGUGCACGGCUUAGCAGCUUUGGAUCGUAGUUACGAUUUAAGACCAGCGAAUCUGUCCUGCGAGAAGGAGGAACCGUGGGACGACGGUUUAUCACUCUACAAGUAUAUUAAUGCCGCAGGUUUACACGGACUAACCGGACAUAUCACAUUCAACGAAGGAAAGAGGAACAAUUUCAAGUUGGACCUUCUGAAGUUGAAGAAGGAAGAGCUCGUCAAAGUCGGCGAAUGGAAAAUCGGGAGCGGUAUCAAUGUUACAGAUAUAGACGCCUUUUACGAGACCACGACAACCAAUAUUACACUCGUAGUUAUGACGAGAGAGGAAAGACCUUACGUCAUGGUAAAAGAAGACAAGAAUUUGACUGGUAACGCGAGAUUCGAAGGUUUCUGUAUCGACUUGCUCAAGUGGAUCGCCGACCAGGUCGGCUUCCAAUACGCGAUCAAAUUGGUGCCCGAUCACAUGUACGGGGUAUACGAUCCGGAUACGAAGGAGUGGAACGGGAUCGUUCGAGAGCUCAUGGAGAAGAGAGCGGAUCUAGCGGUUGCCUCCAUGACGAUUAAUUACGCCAGAGAAAGUGUAAUAGACUUCACCAAACCGUUUAUGAAUCUCGGGAUUGGGAUCUUAUUUAAGGUGCCGUCCAGUCAGCCGACGCGACUUUUCUCCUUCAUGAAUCCGCUGGCGGUCGAGAUCUGGCUCUACGUGCUCGCCGCCUACAUGCUCGUGAGCUUCACCCUCUUCGUGAUGGCGCGCUUCAGUCCAUACGAAUGGAACAAUCCGCAUCCGUGCCUGGCUGAGAGCGACGUGGUCGAGAACCAAUUUAGCGUCAGCAACAGUUUCUGGUUCAUCACCGGCACCUUCCUCAGGCAGGGCAGCGGGCUCAACCCUAAGGCGACCAGCACGAGAAUAGUAGGCGGCAUAUGGUGGUUCUUCACAUUGAUCAUCAUCUCCUCUUACACCGCGAACUUGGCGGCCUUUCUGACGGUUGAAAGAAUGAUUACCCCAAUCGAGAACGCUGCCGAUCUCGCGGAACAAACGGAGAUAUCUUACGGUACUCUGGAAGGUGGAAGUACGAUGACGUUCUUCAGGGACUCGAAAAUCGGAAUUUAUCAGAAGAUGUGGAAGUUCAUGGAUUCGAGAACUCCAUCCGUGUUCGUUGAAACCUAUGAAGAAGGAGUGAAGAGGGUUUUAGAGGGCGACUACGCGUUUUUAAUGGAGUCGACUAUGCUCGAUUAUGCAGUUCAACGUGACUGCAAUCUGACGCAAAUAGGAGGUCUCUUAGAUAGCAAAGGAUACGGAAUAGCUACUCCGAAAGGCUCGCCCUGGAGGGAUAAAAUAUCUCUAGCCAUUUUGGAGCUGCAGGAGAAAGGUGUAAUACAGAUACUCUAUGAUAAAUGGUGGAAGAACACGGGCGACGUGUGCAACAGAGACGACAAGAAUAAAGAAAGCAAGGCUAACGCUCUCGGAGUCGAGAAUAUCGGUGGUGUCUUCGUCGUACUGCUGUGCGGCCUGGUACUCGCGAUCUUGGUAGCGAUCCUCGAGUUCUGCUGGAAUUCCAAGAAGAACGCCCAGUCGGACAGGCAGGAGGGUGGUGCAUUGUCGAUGACGGAGAUGAAGAAAUCAUUGAGCUUCGAUCAAGUGGCGGCGUCCCAUGGCGGGAACACCUAGCACAGGCCUCAUCCUCAUCUUCAUCCCCAGCAGCAGCAACAACAAC